AUGGCUUUGUUCCUGCUGCACGCCCCAGCUUGUGCUCCUGAUGCGUGUUUCGUCGACCUACCUAGACAGGAGACGCAAGAGGCGGCAUACACAUAUGAGCUAGACUCUCUGCUACAUUCGCAGCAGUCGGAGGAGUGUGACUGUUGUCGCAGGAAGAAACGCCGGAGGUCGUUCGAUGCCUUGCCGAAAGAUCCUCCUCCAGCUGUUCUUUCCCGGAGGCCUCCUCCUCCCCAGCUGCGCGGCUGCAAGCGCUUGGUUACUGCUCUGUUACACUUUGCUUGUUGUGCUCGCUCGCGCAGAAGAUAUCAGUUGUUGACACGUUAUCGUUACUACAAACAGAAGAAGCCGUUCUCCGCGAUCUCGGUCCAUGUCGAACAAUUGACCUCCGAAACCUACGACGAAGAUGAUCUCGCCGGUGUCCCUGACCUCCUCGAAGUGGUCAAGUUGCAGGCGACUGGUUCGCAAGAGGUUGCUCGGGCAUUGAGAAAGAAACUGAAGUAUGGCAAUGUACAUCGGCAACUCAGGGCCCUGACAAUCCUUGAUGGCCUUAUACAAAAUGGCGGGUCUAGAGUGCAACGGGCGCUCUUGUCUGAUGGUCCCUUGCUGGAACGACUUCGGAUAGCGGCUGCAGACCCAACAUCUGACCCCGACGUUCGAGCCAAAUGCAAGGUUCUUUUUAGCCAGUGGAUGGCCAGUUCGAAGGACAACCCUGGCCUCGAAGGAGCCAAGUCCCUGUACAAUCAACUGCCAAAGACCCACAAGCCGGUCCAGCAGAGGCGCGAACAAAGCAGAGUUCUUCGAGAAACGGAGGAAGAUGUACAGCGCGAGCAGGAGAGUGAGAUGGCCAGGACUAGAUCUGACAGCUUUCAAAGAGUUGGCGAGCCUUCUAGUCCCACGCUCCUGCGCAAGCAGACUUCACCGGUCGCACUCGGGCAGUCCUCGACGUUUGCGCCCAAGAAGGUGAAGAAGGACAAGAAAGGCAAGGUGAAGGGAUUCGACCUGGAGCGCGAAAAGCCCGCCAUCUUGCAGUCGAUUGCAGCUUCGUCGGUCGCAUCCACGGGCCUGACCAACGCCUUGAGACUGGUCAAUCGAGAAUCGGAGCGAGUAUCUGACAAUCCUGAAGUGAUGAAACGAUUUGAGACGUGUAAACAACUGCGGCGCCAAAUACUACGGUACAUUCAAUUUGUCGAGACGGAAGAGUUCCUUGGCGGUCUGAUCCAUGCCAACGAGGAACUGGUCAAUGCUUUGAUGGCCUUUGAAGUCCUGGACAAGUCGGUGGACGACGAUUCGGACAGUGAGAUGGAAGAAGCGCAGCAUCUGAGCAGACAAGCAGCCAGAGGUGAGCAUGCUGGUACCCGGGAUGCGGAGAGGAUGGUGGCAGGUCUGAGUAUUUCAAGCCCACCCAAGCCUCCGCGGCCUGGUCCAGGGCACAUUGCCAUGCCUCCGCCUCGACCAGCAACAAAUUGGAGGAAUCAACGUGUUGAGAGUGAGAGCGACAACGAUAGUGAUGUGGACGAUGACGACGACGACCCCGACGAUCCAUUCGGUGACAAGAAUGCAAUGAAGACACCUGAUCCGGACGCUUUGGGUCGAAAGGGAUACCCCUGGCGAGAAGUGUAG